AUGUCGCACUUUAGUGAAAGUGAGAAGUUGAUGAUUAUCAACGUCUUUAAAUACGUAAAAGAAUCUUGGCCUGCCGAUAAAUAUCCUUCAAAACAGGAGAUGAAAGAUAAAACGGCCGAUAUUUUGGGCAUUUCGAAAUUGGCGGUGUACCGUAUUCUAAACGAAUACACUAAAACGGAAACUGUCAAGCCAGCUGCAGCACCAAAAAAACGCAUGUCAAUUAUUGAAAAGAUAGAUGAUUUCGACAAGUCGUGCAUUAGAAAAAUUGUGCAUAGCUUUUAUUUAAAAGGAGAGUUACCUACAGCAAAAAAGGUAUUACAGGUAGUAAAUGCCGAUGAAUCCCUACCAAGCAUGGGCCUGACAUCGCUGAAAAAAGUUCUAAAACAUUUGAAAUUUAAAUAUGUCAAACGAAGGAGAAAUAAUGCGUUAAUCGAUAGAGAUGACAUAGCAUUGUGGCGUAUAAAAUAUUUGAUAAACAUGAAAACUUUUCGAGAGCAAGGACGACCAAUAUAUUACUUGGAUGAAACUUGGGUGAAUGCAGGGCACACUGUCGGCAAAGUGUGGGAAGACACUACAGUGAAGUCACGCAAACAAGCCUUUUUAGAGGGUCUGUCGACGGGCGCUAAGAAUCCUACGUCUAAAGGCAACCGCUUAAUUAUUCUGCAUAUUGGAGGCGAAGAAGGAUUCGUGCCGGAAUCAGAAUUGGUUUUUGAAUGCAAAGGUACAGGCGAUUAUCACGAAUCAAUGAACGCCGCCAAAUUCGAAAAUUGGUUCAAAGAAAUGUUGCCAAGACUUGAGCCGAACGCGGUGGUUGUGAUGGAUAAUGCGAGCUACCACACAAGGCGAAAGGAGAAAACCCCCGUCACAAGUUGGAAUAAAACAAAUAUUCAAAAAUGGCUCACAUCUAAGAAGAUUACUUAUGAACCAAAAGAAACCAAAGUUCAGUUAUUGGAAAAGGUGAAAGGUGUAAAAACAGAGUACCAAUCGUACGUUAUAGAUGAAAUGGCGAAAGAAGUUGGUGUGGAGGUAUUAAGAUUACCUCCAUACCACUGUGAGUUGAACCCUAUUGAAUUGGUGUGGGCAGACGUGAAGGGCUACGUGGCAAGAAAUAAUACCACAUUUAAGAUGGUAGACGUAAAAAAACUGCUCCAAGAGGCGUUGAAAAACAUUACACCGGAAAAAUGGAAAAACUGUAUAAGCCACGUAAAAAAGGAGGAAAUAAAAUUAGGUGGUUUAGACAAUAAUAUCGACAAAACUAUUGAUUCUUUUAUCAUCAAUGUAACAGGUGAAACGUCGUCUGAGGAAAGCAGCAGUUCUGAUACCACGGAAUCUGAUUCUGAUUAA